UGUUGCUUCUCCUCAUGUAUCCGUCAAGUCAACCAUGAGGAACGACAAGCGUGAAUGACGGACUUAUAAGUUGCGCUCCUAGUUAGAGAUCGGCGUUUCUAGUUAGCUUUUCCAGUUAGCGUUUCCAGUUAGCGUUUCUAGUUGGCGCUCCCCCCUCGUUAUCUCUCCGUGAUGCCUUCUCGCGUGUGGCUUCAGCACAGCUUCCGCCUCCUCGUCCUAUGUAGCUUGCUCCAUGUCGGGUUACCAGCACUCCGCGAAAAUGUCACUCUGGGCGUGGCGACUGGCGAUGAGAUAGUGGCAGGGAGGGUGGGGGAGAUGGAGAGCGAGUUGGAAGAAGCGUUGGAGGGAAGGCGGGAAGGGGAUGCGCAAGGACAGCUCACCAGCAGCGCGCGAUACAAGCACCGCUCUCCACCGCUCUCUGUGUCUGAAGUCCCACCCUCACCGCCGUCACCCCCGCCCCCUGGGGAAGGCAGAGCUUCGAUAAUGACUGUCUCGAUUCCAGCACAAGCACCGCAAUCCCUUCCUGCUCCAGGCGCAACAGUAGCAGCAGCAGCAGCGACAGGUCAGAGCCCAUUUGCCGCAGCAGACACCUCUGUGGCCUCACUCCCACAAGGAGACGCAGCAGAGGGAGGAGAAUUAGCAGAACAGGACUGGGGGAGGGUGAAGUGGGGCAGGGCGAUUACCCUGAAGCAUAGGGAGGCGGAGGAGCGGCGCAAGGUGGGUGGGAAGCAGUGCCAUGGGAUGCAGUCGGCGUUCCGCAUGGGGUUUGAAACGGGCAGCAUGGUCUGGGAGCCACGGGCGGACCGAUACGUGCUCAUGGACUGCCACCGUAACCAGCUGAGUAACCGCAUUCGCUGCAUCAAGAACCAUCUGGUCGUGGCGGGGGCGCUCAACCGCACUCUCGUGGUGCCGCUCAGAGCGGACGAGGUCGCUCUGCACUACGACCGCCGAGCCUUCUUCCACCUGGAGCACACCCGCCUGUGCUACGGUCCGCGGUCCGUGAUCUCCCUGGACGACCUGCUCGCCCUGCCAGUGCCACCCGCCCCAGCAGCACCACUGGAACCUGCAGCCACUCCUCCACCACCAGCUGCAGCAGCUGCAGCAGCAGCAAGUGCGCCUGCUCCUGCAGCUGCCCCUGCCGCUGCCCCUGCUGCAUCACAAGAAUCUUCUCCCCUAGGAGCAACGAUCCAAGUGGACCAGGUCAUCUGUCUGCAGAAGCCGUGCUACAACCAGUCCGGCUCCCGCGACGACCUCCCCACCCUCUCCGGCGUCACCUACCCACCGAACCUCACGCUCACGGUCGGCAACGCCCCCGAGCCUCUGGAGGUCCCGAAGCUCGUCGCCCUGCAAUCUCUGAUACAGCCGACCACCAGGGUAGCUCUGUUGGGCGAUCUGGGGUCCAUGCACCUCACCUUCCCAGGGAAAAAGUACCUGGACGUUCCCUUCAGGCAAACCCCUGACUGCCCCAACGCCCUUGCUGUGGCCCCGCACCCGGCUAUCCUGGCCGCUGCGAGGGAGUUCGUUCGGAGUGUGGCGCUGCCGGGGUGCCGGAGAGAGUGGGAGGAGGAGCAGGAGGGAGGGCGGGCAGUUGGCCGGUACGUGGGAGUGCACUGGAGGCGGACGGAUCUGAUGGGCCACAGCAACCCCAACGCGCGGCUCACUGUGGAGCAUGCGGGCGCAUGCCUUGUGAAGACCAUGGGCAUGGCGGGCAACAUCACCACCAUGUUCCUUGCCUCGGACACUGAUGAUCACGAGAUGGAGGCAUUGGAGAAGUUCAUGAGAGAGAGGAUCCCGGGGUUCAAGAUGAUUCGGAGACCCAAGUCGUUUGAAGACGAGCCAUGGGCGGCAGUGCUGAAGCGGUACCAAUUUCACGAUGGUGUAUCGUUGACGGCGACUUUAGACAAGGCCAUUUGUGCGAUGGCCGAUGUCUUUCAAGGGACUGCUGCCUCCUCUUUCUCGUUAGACAUACGAAGGUUGAGAACUGGGCUCCGUAUGACGACAUGUGCUGAUACGGAUAUUUGCACUAAAACGUGAGACGUUGAAAACGUUGGGUAAGGUAUCAAUAAAAGUGGGAAGGCUUU